AUGGGUGUGCACAUGGAGACCAUCACCCCCGGGGAAGGCAUGCUGGAAGAUGGGAAGAAGUUUGAUUCCUCCUGCGACAGGAACAAGUCAUUCAAGUUUGUGAUGGGCAAGCAGGAGGUCAUCCGUGGCUGGGAAGGAGGAGUUGCCCAGGUGAGUGUGGGGCAGUGCACCAAAAUGACAAUCUCACCAGACUAUGCCUACAGCUCCACUGGCUACCCAGGCAUCACCCCACCCCCACCCCAACACCACUCUAAUCUUUGA